CCGCAUAUCAAACAAGCUCGCCAUCGGCCACCUGCCACAAAUUCACCGGCCACCUCAUCUCACCUCCUCAACCUCUCUCUACUCUCUCUCUCCCUCCCUCUCCUCCGGUGACGACGAUUUUUCACCGAAGAAGUGGUCUCCGAAUCAGCUGUAAUGGAUUCACUUCUGGUUUUUCUGGCGCUGUAAUUGCUUUUGAUACCCACCUGGUUUUCUACCGACGUCCACCUCUCUCUCUCUCUCUCUACACUGUUCUACCAUUUUUUUUUUUUUCGCUUUAGACAGUUUAUGGAAUGACGGAUUACCGGUUACCGACGAUGAAUCUGUGGACAGACGAUAACGCUUCGAUGAUGGAAGCUUUUUUGGCUUCCGAUCUCACAGGUUUCGGUGGUUGGGCUUCUUCGUCGUCGGCUUCAACAACACCUAACAUAGCUGAUCCUUCAAGAACCAUAGCUCAACCCCAACCUUCGAUGUUGCUCAGUCAAGAGUCUCUUCAGCAGAGGCUACAAACUCUAAUUGAGAAUGCUCGGGACAGCUGGACUUAUGCGAUUUUCUGGCAGUCUUCGGUUGACAUUUCUGGUGCUUCUUUGUUGGGGUGGGGUGAUGGUUAUUAUAAGGGAGAAGAGGUUAAGAUGAAGAGGAAGAUGACUCCUGCUUUGGCGGCGGAGCAGGAGAAUCGGAAGAAGGUGCUUCGAGAUCUCAAUUCAUUGAUCUCUGGUGUACCGGCUUCAGCCGACGACGCUGUAGCUGUCGAUGAAGAGGUUACCGAUACAGAAUGGUUCUUUCUUGUAUCGAUGACACAGUCGUUUGUGGACGGUGGUGGUCUUCCUGGUCAAGCUUUCUUCACUUCGUCGCCGAUUUGGGUCACCGGAAGUGAGAGGCUUGCGAGUUCGUCUUGCGAGCGAGUACGGCAAGGGCAAGUCUUUGGGUUGCAGACGAUGGUUUGUAUUCCUUCUGCGAACGGCGUGGUUGAAUUAGGUUCGACGGAACUGAUAUUCCACAACUCCGAUCUGAUGAACAAGGUUAGGGUUUUGUUUAAUUUCAACAAUCUUGAAAUGGGUUCUUGGCCGACGGCUCAGACGGAUCAAGGUGAGAACGAUCCCUCCUCACUCUGGCUCUCAGAUCCGUCGUCAUCGGUGAUCGAAAUUAAGGACUCUGUUAAUACCGCCCCAACUGCUUCUACUGCUGUUACUGCUACAACUACAGCCCCUGCCAUUGUUCCUGAGAUUUCUAAGUCAAGUCACUUCGAACAGCCGAGCUCGAGUAGCUUAACUGAAAACCCUAGCACGAUAACUAUACAGCAUCAUCAGCAGACACAACAACAGACGCAGAGCUUCUUCCCUAGAGAAUUGAACUUCUCCGAAUUUGCAUUCGAUGGAAGUAGUGCGAUGAAUGGCGCUUCUUCUUGUAAGCCGGAGUCUGGAGAGAUCUUAAAUUUUGGGGAAAGCAAGAGGACUUCGAGCAGUGCUAAUGGUAAUCUCUUCUCAAACAAUUCAACACAAUUUGCUGCAGAUGAUAAGAAGAAGAAAUCUCCCACAUCGAGGGGUAGUAACGAAGAGGGCAUUCUCUCAUUCACUUCUGGCGUAGUAUUGCCCUCUUCUGGUGUUGUUAAAUCGAGCUGUGGAACCGGAGAUUCUGACCACUCUGACCUUGAAGCUUCGGUUCGAGAGGCUGAGAGUAGCAGAGUGGUUGACCCUGAAAAACGACCGCGGAAGCGAGGAAGGAAACCUGCCAAUGGCCGAGAAGAGCCACUGAAUCAUGUUGAAGCAGAGAGACAGAGGCGCGAGAAGCUCAACCAGAGAUUCUAUGCAUUAAGAGCUGUGGUACCCAAUGUCUCCAAGAUGGACAAAGCUUCCCUCCUUGGUGAUGCCAUUGCCUACAUCGAGGAGCUCAAAAAGAAGUUCAAAACAGCUGAAUCUGACAAGGAGGUCUUGCAGACUCAAGUUGAUACCCUGAAGAAGGAGCUAGCUAGUAAACCUGGACCAGUCAUGCCUGUAACUGAUAAUGAUCGUAAGAACUCAAGUCAAGGAAGCAAGCCAUCGGAUAUGGAAAUUGAAGUGAAGAUUCUUGGCCGGGAAGCCAUGAUUCAAAUCCAGUGCAAUAAGAAGAACCACCCAGCAGCAAGGUUAAUGGCUGCUCUCAAGGAGCUGGACCUAGAUGUUCAACAUGCAAAUGUCUCUGUGGUGAAGGAUUUGAUGAUUCAACAAGCUGCAGUGAAGAUGUCAAACAGGAUAUUCAGUCAGGAUCAGCUCAGGAUUGAUCUAUUUUCAAAAGUUGCAGAACCUCGAUGAGCAUUUGAUAGCCCUUUUCAUACUUAAGAAUUCUACCAUGGCGAUCACGGGAAAGUUUUAAAACCCGGUGAGUAAGUUAUGUAUAUUGUUACAUAGCAGCUCCAAAGUCUAUCUGAGUUGCAGCAAUGAAAUACUGGAGCUGAAUUCUGAAGAAGAGAGUUCCUCGUGUUCAUCGGUGGAGUAAGUUCUCCGACUGAGUAAUGCGAUAACUUGCCGGCCUUUGUGUUCAUCAUCAGUACUUCUUCAGUGUAUAUAUAUAUAUGUUUACACGAUCUGAGGGUUUUUUUUUUGUUUCCCUUGUGGUUUUAGGCUCUAGCUUGUUAAUUUAUUAGGGAUAGUAAUCUUGUUGUAUUCUAAGUGGAUUCCACAGGUGACUUGCUCAGUUACUGAGACUUGGAAUCUGAUAUAAGUCUCUUGUAAUUUUAGACUUGUCAUUCUAGUGAAUAUAAAUCCCAAGUUAGAUUGUUUGAA